GUGUCAAAAUCCCCCCCUGAGAUGCUAAUUCAACAACAAAUGCUUCCAAAGGGGCUUGUGAAUGGGUGCGAUAGUAAACAGAGCGAAGCCUUAUCAGGCCUUAUCGGCUCAGAGUUCGUAUAAAAGCGGGCUGGCGAUGGACAGAAGGCUAAGUUUCUUCCCAGCCAUGAAACUGUUCCUGCUAACUCUCUCCGUCGCCUGUGCCUUGGUGGCCGCCACUCCGGCCAACCGCACCUCCCUGCUACCCCAGGUAACCAUCUCCGAGACUCCGGAGGGUCGCAUUGUCCUGGGCUACCCCGCUCCCGAGGGCAAGGCUCCCUACAUCGUCGGUCUGCUGAUCCGCACUGAUGGAAGCAACGGCGCUGCCGUCGGAGCUGGCACCAUCAUCGCCAACAACUGGGUGCUGACCGCCGCUCACUGCCUGACCACCGACUCCGUGGACAUCCACUACGGCUCCAACUGGGGCUGGAACGGAGCCUUCUCCCACAACGUGCGCCGCGACAACUUCAUCAGCCACCCCGACUGGCCCAGCCAGGCCGGCAAAGAUAUCGGUCUGAUCCGCACUCCCCACGUGGACUUCAACAACCUGGUCAACAAGAUUCCCCUGCCCAGCUUCAGCGAGGAGAACGAGCGCUUCCAGGACACCUGGUGCGUCGCUUGCGGAUGGGGUGGCAUGGACAACGGGGACCUGGCCGACUGGCUGCAGUGCAUCGAUGUCCAGAUCAUCAGCAACAGCGAGUGUGAGAGCGCCUACGGCUCGGUUUCCGGAAAUGACAUGUGCACCCGCCAGAGUGACGGCCGUUCGGUCUGUGGUGGAGACUCUGGUGGCCCCCUGGUUACACACGACAAUGCCCGUCUCGUCGGCGUGAUCACCUUCGCUUCCGUUGGCUGCCACAACGGUCCCUCCGGCUAUACCCGCGUCACUGACUACCUGGGAUGGAUUCGCGACCAUACCGGAAUUUCCUACUAAAUUCUUGGGGAAUAGGUCUUGGCUAUGAGGAGUUAUCCCUCUGCAAAGUCUUGGCUUCUCCAGCAAAUAAAAUCAUUCGAAAACUGCA